GAGAAGCAGCGACGAAUGUAGAUGACAAACGAUUAUUCUCAAGCAGUCAUAGAAGAGGUUCCUUACAACAGGCACAGCAGAGCGCAUGCGAGCAUAUUUGAGUUAGCAGCAUUCAAGGUUAGAGAAAGUUACUUAUUAAAAUUCGGGAUAAACUCAAGUCCAUUUAUUUCAAAGGAGUAUACUAUAAGGUUGUAAUAGCAGGACCGAAGAAGCGUGUACGGAAAGCGAGCAAGUAAGGAGACGAAGCGUCUGGACAGUGUAAAGUCAAGGGAGGAUAGGUAGGCAACAUAGUUACCAGCCGAUAGCCUGAUCUAGUUCUGAACGGUUUUGUUACAAGACUAAGACUGGAUAUUGGCGGGAGAAGAGCCAACGGGAAUUAAUGAUCACAGUGCAAAAUAUUUUAAGUAACCUUUGAGCGUCAACGUUGGAAGUUACCUAAUGGCGCAUUUGGGGAGCAAAGAGCACAGAUGAGACGCAUCAAAUUGGUUCAAAAUUCAGCUCCAGCUCUGAAAGCUGAGUUCACGUUCAAACAACAUUGGAUUAAGAAUCGUAUAUCGCAAAGUCUUACGUAUUGAUUUCGGAUUUAUAUUGAUUAUAUUUAGGCUAUGGAUCAGAGGCGAGGAUUCUGAAAACGUGUCCAGCACGCCGAGCGGCUUCUAAAUAUCUGCUGUUGCUUUCCACACCGAUCACAGCAUCGCAACACCAGCAAACACCGACGAAACCAACAGCUGUUGUCCCAACUUGGAAAAGACAUGCAGAAGAUGCACAGGAAGGUUAACCUGCUGUGGGUAGUCUUCUUGACGAUGACUCAGGUGUCAAUCAAGAGCUUCCCCACCAACAGUCACAAAAGUGCAGUCCCCAAUGACAGGAGCACUGCGACCUCGGAGGCUAGCCCGGGUGGCGAUGUGGGUGAGACUCUGGAGGACCUCCAGCAGCAGAACCAGCUCCAGAGCCUAGCAUCAUCCAACCCAUCCUCUCAGAGACCCCGACGCCGUGGCUGGUCCCAGGGGGUUCUGCCCAAACCAGAACCAGAGGAGGACCCAGAACCCUUCAUCCUGGACCUCAGGAACUUCCCUGAGCUGGCCAACGCAGACCUGGGAUCUCAUAACCCUAAUAUACAGGUGACCAUCGAGGUGGUGGAGGACCCACAGACAGAGAUGGAGAUGGACCUGGCCAAGGAGGGGGGGGAGGGGGGCCGCAACGACUGGUCCCUUUCAUCGGAGGAGUGGCUGGGCCACAAGAAGCUGUUCUGGCCUCUGUUCUGGGAGUACCCAGACCAGGCUGAGAGCGGGCCUGGCAGCAGGGCCAGCCUAGAGGAACAGGAGCAGCCCACAGAGGACUAUAACUACAACCCUGAGGAGCAGGAACCUGUGCUUAGUGGGACCGGGGGGACUGGGGUGGGGACAGGCGUGGGGGUGGGCGGCUGGGGCAGCCGCUGGAGCAGCAACAAGGGAUGGGACUCCAAGGAGAACUACGAGUACGAGGAGGAGGAGUGGAGUGCCUGGUCACCAUGCAGUGUCACCUGUGGCCACGGCAACCAGAAACGUAUCCGUUCAUGUGGUUACGCGUGCACAGCGACCGAGUCCCGGACCUGUGACCUGGACAGAUGCCCAGAUGACCUGUUAGCAGUGACUGAGCUGAUACCUCUGGAGACAACAAAUGGCACUGACUCCCUUGACACAAACGUGGACAGCUGUGAGAAGUGGCUGAGCUGUAAGAACGACUUUCUCCAGAAGUACCUCCACCAGGUGCUGACCGAACUACCCAGCUGCCCCUGCUCCUACCCGUCCGAGGCCGUCUACAGCGCCGUCAACAUCUUCGACAAGACUCUGCGUAAGACCUACCGCUGGCGUGACGCCUCCGGCCCCAAAGAACGGCUGGACAUCUACAAGCCCUCCGCCCGCUUCUGCACACGCUCCAUGCUCUCCUUCGACAGCACCACGCUGGCUGCGCAGCACUGUUGCUACGGUGACCACAUGAAGCUGAUCACACGGGGGAAAGGGGCGGGUGCGCCAAACCUCAUCAGUACGGAGUUCUCACCUGAGCUGCAUUACAAAGUGGACGUGCUGCCCUGGAUCCUGUGUAAAGGGGACUGGAGCCGCUUCCACUCUGUGAGGCCGCCCAACAACGGGCUGCAGUGUGCCCACAACCCCACAGAGGACGUGUACCAGGCUGAGCUAGAGGAGGCCCGUGAGUACUGAGGGAGGAGAGGGGGAGGAGUACUGAGAUCCUGAGAGGGGGGAGAGACACACGUGGUUCCAAUGGCUCUAUUGGAUUUGGGCAUGGGCCACAUACUGAAUAUAUUGUGUUAACUAUCAGUUGCUUUGGAUGAAAGGAGACCUGGACAUCCCCUCCACCUUAUUCAAUGUUUGGUCACAUUGUGGCACAGAGUUUAGUGAACACCUACAUUUUUCUAGUCAGGCUUGACCCAUCCAAAAUUGAGUCAAGUUGAAUACUCUUUUUUUCAUUUUUUUUAAUUUAUUUUUAAGUUGAAUACUCUUAUCUGGUGUGCGUGGGAAAACUCUAUGAUCGUCACGUCUUAUGACAUCAUCACCAUCAAGCGUUUCCUCAUUGGAUGACUCAUCAGAAUCCACCUGCCAAUUGGAAUAUGCUUUCCCGUGGAUGACUUACUGUGGUGUUACGGGAAGAGAAAAAACAACUAUUUUCUAACUGGUAAUUUAUUGCUUGUGAAAGUCCGAAUUUUGGAGAGCGUUUUUUUUUUGGGCUACACUCAAAAAACAAGAAGAAAAAAACACUGGUUUGUAAACGUUGGGAAAUUUUAAAGAGGGAGAGACUGCAAUGAGAUUGUCCUAGUUCUCUCUGACAGCCCUCAACCCACCACCCCAUAGACUCACAUGUGCUGCUGCUAUUGAGAAAAUGGAUGGGGGGAUGGGUACAGGGGGAUGGGAUGGCUCAGGGGUUGCCAUGAGCUGUUCCAGAACCCCUGAGGGAACAUGGAGGAACAUGGAUAGUGUAUUUAUUGGACUCAUAUUGGGCCUGUAUUGUAUUUACUCAAAUACUCUGAUGUCUCAUGAAAGGAAUUCCUGUCAAGCUGCUAAAAUGGGGAUGAAUUCAACACAGAAUGUUAGUUGUUGUUUGUCUUAGACUUGAAGCUCUCUCUCACAAUCUCUGUCUUCUUUCUAUCCACCUCUCUCUCUCUCCUUCUCUCUCUCUCUCUCUCUCUCUCUCUCUCUCUCUCAAUCUCUCUCUAUUUCUCUCCCCAACGCUCUCUCUCUCUCCUGGCCCCACUCCAGUCGGAAGAAAAAAAACAGACUGAUCAAGCACAGGCCCAAGAUAUAUUGUGCUUUUCUUACUUUCUUAUUUCAUGUCAAGCCACAUAUUUCUUUGGAGAUGUUGACCCCUAGAACUCUAUUGUGUUAUUCAUCCAGUCAUAUCCAGUAUCAGAGGGCCAUUUGGCCGUAAUGCUCCGUCAGAUAAAGUUGCAUUGGGUCAUGGUUAGCUAAUCCUGGGGGAAACAUAAAAAUACAUUGUUGAAGGUCUCUCUGUCGCUCUCUCUCUCUUUCUCUCAUCGACAGACAUACCGCUUGUUUUCCUCCUAAGGAUUGCUCCAUCGUUUAAUCUGAUCCAUAAUUGAAUCGUAUUGAGAUGUUUUCCUUUUAUCGCCUGUUAACAAGUCACAGUGUUGCAUUCCUCGCAACCCGAGACACCCGGAGAGACAGUCGUAGAUUUGCCGGUGGAGAGGGAGAGAGGAAAACCAUUGGUAGGGGGCCUUGAAAGGAGAGAGACACUUGGACUCUCUAGGGGUGAGGGGGAAGAUGGAGUGAGGCUGGAGGUAGAAGUGAAGGUGCAGGAGAGGGCUGAGGGGAGGGGUGUCUGGGCUCAGUUGAUGCAUGGAGGUCCUUUCUCCAGAGAGGAGUGGGAGUUGAGCAGAGGGGAAGUGGAGAGACAUCUCUGUAAACAGUGGAACCCUUUGAAGAGCUCUCCCCUUCACUGGUGUCCAAGACCUGCUGCCUCUCCCCCUCCACCCUGUCUUGAUGCCUGGUGUUGUUUUAAGGUCUUAAUCCUAACCCUGGUUAUCAGACUGUUGAGUGCCAUUGAGAGAUGUUGAGGCUGAACACGUUCAGAAAGAAUAGUGUUGAUGGACAGCUCUCCACACUGCAAUGACAACAGCAGAAACAACACACAACCUUUGGUGUUACACACUCGGUUACUCUCUCUUAUUUUUUUUACAUUUUAGUAAUUUAGCAGAUGCUCUUAUCCAGAGCAACUUACAGUAGUGAGUGCAUCCAAUCGCUAUACUUUUUCAUACUGGUCCCCCUUAGGAAAUGAAUCCACAACCCUGGCAUUGCAAGAGCCAUGCUCUACCAACUGAGCCACACAGGCCUUAUCCUCUGCUUCCCUUUUUUUAUACUCUAAUUGCAGCCAGGUCACCCGUGAUACAAGUCCAUGUUCGAUGUCCAUCUACAUCUGACGAUGUCGGGAAAUGAUGUGUAAACCGGCCACUUGGAGCAAUAGUGAGCACUGUUACCAAAGUAGGUUUUUGGUUUUGCGGACAGGGAUUGGGUGUUGCAAGUUUGCAAGUUCAGAACCAGCAAUGGAAAGUCUUUUUGUUUUGAAGGGUAUCCCAAACCCUCAAACUUACCUUAACCAUUCAGAGUUACUGCCUAACCUAAGAAUUUGGAGUUAAUGCCUAAGCUUAACCAUAAACACUUUGAAAUUUGACAUUUGGAACAACUUCUAAAUUUGACGUUUAAGAAACAUGGAUGAAAGUCUAAUUCUGACGUGAGACUGUGGGAGCCGGUAGCUUGCUUGCUCCUUUUCUCCUUCCCUCCCCUCUCUCUCCCUCGUCCUCAUCCAUGCCCAUUAAUAGCUGGCUCAAGUUGGCAUAGGGGAAUUCUCUGUAGGUUGUCAUCGGGCCAUCACUAAAGACAAACACAGACACACACACACACAGAGUCAGGCAGCCCUCCAGUAUUCCCUCAACAUCCUGCACUCUGCCAUAUCGAAGCCAGUUAAGCGAAUAGGGUUUAGAAACUUCACAGAGAUCCCAAUUCAUCAAGAUGCCAAUCACAAUAAGAACACAGAGGGCUGUAGUAGUUGAGCUCAGACACACUGACAAACAUAAUAUGAGAAGAGCGUUACAGCCUCUGGUAUGAACAACGUUUUUUUCCAUCAAAUUCUCUCAGAUGAAACAGCAGUAUGACAUGCGUUCUCCUUCAUCUGUUGAGACACGGUGCUGGUAACAUUUGUCCACAUUCUCUGAUCAAAGCCUUGCCAUUUCUCACCCUUUUUUUCCUCUUAACCCCCCCUUUGGAGGACACAAAUAUAUUUUUUGUUUUUUUACAGCAUUUCUGCUGUACAUACAUUGCACAUAUACAUACAUACAUUGCACAUAUAGAUUUGACAUACAUGGUACUUUUAUAUAUAGCAAUCACAUGACAAUAAUACAUUACCGAACAUGAGCUCUUUAAUCCCACCCCUCAGCCACUCUCAGCCCAUCCCACCUAUCACCAGACCACCCUCGUUUGGUUUCCAUGUGCCAUAUAUUUUUCAAUUGUGCUGUGAUGUUUUACAUGGAUUUUGAAGAUUUUAAUCACAAAGCCUUGUCAUUGAAUGUGAUGUGUUCCUAUGGACUCAAACUGCCUUGACCAUCACAUUGUUGCUUCAUAUCACCACCAAACACACAGUCAAGUGAACACAGACAAAGUAAUGCAGUGAUUCAUAUGAGGAGUGUAUGUUGGGAUAUGACCAGUUAACCAUCCACAGUCCCUGGAAGGUAUCCAUUACUUCAUGCCAGACACAGUCAGAAUGGACUCAAUUAAAGAGGGAAUUUGUCCUAAAUGGCAGCCUAAUGCCUAUAUAGUGCACUGUAUUGGACCAGAACCCUAUGGGCAGGGCCCUGGUCAAAAGUAGUGCGUUAUAAAGGGAACAGGGUACUAUUUGGGAUGAAGUCCCUCUUUAAUUGAGUCCAUUCUGACUGUGUUUGGCAUGGAGUAAUGGAUACCUUCACACUACACUGGGUUCAUCUUCCAUUGGGGCCCAGCUGUGAAAACCCCCUGAAUCCUCAUGGCAUUAACAGCUCAGACUCACACUGCUGCAUGGCUCUCCAGCCUGCCUGCUGCUGCCUCAGGUUUCACCAUCACAUUACACUACACUACACCCAGUGGAGGCUGCUGAGGGGAGGACUACUCGUAGUAAUAAUGGUUUUCAUGUGUUUGAUACCAUUCCAUUCACUCUAUUCCAGCCAUUACACUCCAUUCCAGCCAUUAUUAUGAGCUGUCCUCCCCUCAGCAGCCUCCACUGACCCUCACAGCAUAUCUCUCUGUCCUAGGAAUGUACUCUGUGUUGUGUGUAUGCACAUGCAAGCGUGUAUGUUUUUCAGAGGACCUCUAUGUUCUGAAUGAUUGUGUUUCUAAUACUAUCUAGUCACGGUGUGUGUAUUUCUAAAGGGCUAGAGUGGCCUAGUCUAUAUUCAGUAGAUCAGUGGCGGUUGGUGCCAUUUAAGAUUAGGGAGGACCUUUCUUUUAUGCGCAUGGCCUUAUUUCUAUUCAAACAUAUUGGAUGACUGUCAUUCAUAUUCCAUUCAAUGUAACAUGAAUAGGUUUAGGCUACAUGAUACUUGAAUUUUCCCUAUAUCUAUCAUGAGGUUGCUACAACCUAGUCUAUGAAUGAAAGUUUCUAACAGAUCGAGAGACAAAUUGGAGUAAUCAAGGUGACAGACAGUGACACAUUCAAUACCGCCUUGCACACUCUUGCCUGAAUAUAGCUAAUCUAGGGUGUAAUCAUUAGUCAAAACAGCUGCAAACGAGAGUUUCUAUUGGACAAAUUCAGGUAGGUUUAUCCCCGUUUUGUUCCGUUUAUUUCCGUUUAAGAAACAUUUUUCAACAAAAUCGUCGGAAUUAAUACACCCCUGAUCCCCCGCACACACAGUUCACUUUCAUAGCAGCCACAUACAAACAGAAUCAUCACUUUGCUCAUUGUAUAAUUCCUUCUCGCAUCUACAUGCUAUCCUCCCCUCACCUUUUCCCUUUCAGUGCACAACAGCUGUCUGUGGCCAUGCAAAAUUAAACUUUCCAAGCCAAACCUUCAUACCAUAAUCGCUAACCACUACACACAGCCUACAUCGUUGUCACCAUAUUAGCUAACGUCAUAGUCAACAUAGCUACUAGAACUAACGUGUUAGUAAACCCUCUACAAUCACGCAGUACAGUGUACAGCAAGCAGUUUAGCAGUUACACCGGCGGGCCUCGUGGCAAUAAAUUAAUUAAACCGCUUACCUUGACUUGGAAGAGUUCCAGUAUUGGAUAGCCUUAGCCAGAUAGCUAACAUAAAUAGCAUGCUUCUGUUUGUGUCGGGUGUUUAAGUAGGCUAAAUUAGCUAACUGAAUUAGCUAGCUAAGUGAAUGAAAGUAAAAAGAAAAUGAAAAAAAAGAAAUAGAGCUAGUUCUCGCUCUCGCUCUCUGCUGCUUCUCCUUAAUUUUUGCACUCAACAAAAAAAAGGCAGUGAAUGAUUUCUUAACGAUCACUCUAAUCCAUUGUUCUAGGUUUUGUAUUGAAGUCAAUGUACCCAGAGGAGGACGGAAAAUAACUGUCCACCGGCUACACCAUGGUGCUACCCCAGAGAGUGCUGUUGAGGCUACUGUAGACCUUCAUUGCAAAACAGUGUGUUUUAAUCAGUUAUUUGGUGACGUAAAUAUAUUUAGUAUAGUAUCAUCUUAAAAGGAUAACCUUUAGAACUUUUCACUCUUUUCCAUGAAAUGACUGAGAAGGAUGGUCCUCCCCUCCUCUGAGGAGGAGCCUCCGCUGCAGUAGAUAGAUAUCUGUGUAUGUGUGUUCUGUAGGAGUGCUGAGUAAAGUAUGGCUACAGAGGAAAAGGGAGAGAAAGAGAGAGAAGAGGAAAAGAGAGAGGGAUGGAAGGAAGGCUGGCUAUCAGAACUGUUUCUUAGAAAGUAUUGACAUUGGCCUGAUUCUCAAAGUUAUUUUAUUUUGAAAGCAAGCCAGGGCCACCUCUCCUUCUUGCCCUCUCUCUUUUUCUGUACAGUGUUUCUGUACAGUAUGAAACUGACUAUUUUUCAAUGGCCACUGUUAAAUCCACUCAGCACAGUAUGAAUUGCUUGACUCUUUUCCAUGUACCUUACAGAUUCUGUCUCAUUGUUGGACCUUUUACCUAUUUAGAAAAGGGAAAUGUUAAGGUGAUAGAGCUUGUGAGAAGGGAAUAAAAAUGCAACGAUUAUACAAUGAUUGUGUUUACUUUUCUUCCAAACCAAUGGGGUGAUGAUGAUGCAAAACCAUCUGUUUUAAAGUUCAUGGGUUUAUAGGAGAAAUGUUCCUAGUACACUGCAGUUGGCAACGUGUUUCAUUGUGCUAUUUAUCAUUGGCCAACUUCAAUGCUGUUUCUCAAUUCGAAACAUUCUUUGUUGUUUUUGUCAUGGAAAAAAUACUUUAGUCUUUUUGGAGCUGUCUCGUCUUGGCCUUGCAUUUAAAAGUUUACGUUGAAAAUUUUCUUUUGAAAAGAUAAGGUAUCAUUUUUGUAAACAUGUUUUUUUUUUUAAGAAAGGCACUUUAUUUAAAAGCAUAAGUAAAUAAUAUACAUGUAUAUACAAACUCAUAAUGAAAUAUAUACUGUAUGUAAUACACAGUGCAGUGUACCAACAUCUUUGUAAAUUGUUCCGUUUUUAUAGCUAAUUUGUAACGGGUAUGUACUUUUUUCAGCAUAUGUCAUGUUUUUUAUUUCGGUCUUAGAUAAAAAUUUUGUAUAGUAUUUAUUGAAAUUAAUCGUAUGAAGAUGCACUAUUGAGAGCAUCCCCAAUGUGGUCUCUGUUACAUGAAAAGGGAAGGUGUUCACUCUAUACCAGUGUUUCUCCCAUUGAUAUAGAACAUUGAUACACCCCUAGUAUGUGGACUGUUACUGUUUCUAACCAGUCCCUCAGAUGGUUAGCUAACAACGAUUUAAUCAGUUCUCAAUUGCUAGUGUUAGGCCUAGAUUCGCUAGAUCCGUGUUAGCUCACUUUACAUUUAAAGGUCAUUUCUAUUGAGACGACAUCUGCGGCGUUUACCUUGAUGCGAUCUUCACUUACUCGGUAACAUUGCCUUUAAUAACAGCCGUAAUCUCAGAGAUCACAUAAAAUGUUGAGAAACACUGCUCUCUAACACCACACCACACCAUGUAACCCUCAAUCAAACAACUGCUCAGCAUUCUUCUCUGUGACUUAUAAAUGUGCUGUGACAAAAUAUAAUAAAUUUAACUUUGCCACAA